GAUUCGAUAGACAAGACCCUCACGGCUCGGCUUCAUGUCUUUACCAACGUCGUUAUCUGACGUUAUGUCAAGAUUAAUGAGCAAAAGUCAGUGUCUCUCUCGCCUUUUUCUAGAAUUUAGGUGGAAAUGUCACCAACCAGCUAAGGUGUACACAUAUGUUACUGGAGCGCGCAAAAGUGAAGCAACGUUAAACCCAAGAUGGUGUGCAUUUUACAACACUAACUCGGGACGGCCAGAAAUUAAGACAGACGCACAAUGGUGGGUUAACGUUAUACUUGGAGACAUUCGGAGAAGAGGGCUGCAUUUGUCAUGUCCUCCAGCAGAAGUACAUGCUCGUCAGUUCAAGGAGUUAACAGAAGCUGCUUAUGAAAAGGUAGCAAAUGAGACACUGGAUGCGCUAGCAGAGUACCUCGAUGACCUCACUGAUGCAAAAUGCACUCCUUCAGACUAUGAUGUUGUCUUCUCUAGUGGAGUUCUGACUGUAAAUGUGGGCGGGGGACAUGGAACCUAUGUCAUAAAUAAACAAACACCCAACAGACAGAUUUGGCUGUCCUCUCCAAUAAGUGGGCCAAAGCGUUACGACUGGACCGGGAAGUGCUGGGUGUACGCCCACGACGGCAUGUCCCUGCACGAUCUGCUCGCCAAAGAAUUAUCUGCCAUCUUUCAGUCAAGAAUGGACCUGUCAUGCCUCAUCCAUUCCUCAAGGGGGCACCAGGAGGCACAAACACCCUCAAAAAACGGUCAGCCCACAGUCCUUAGCUGCAGGAACACAGAUGUGCUAGCACGGAGGAACGGAUGAGGCGCUCAUCGUCAUUCCUUGAAAUUCUGGAAAUGCGCUCACACCCAGCUGUUGACUUGUGCAUUACCUGUCAUGCCUAAUGACUGUAGAAGGUUAGCUCUAAAUAAAAGUCUUUUCCAGUUGCAAAACUUGAAGUCCUGAACACAUUAACUGGAAAAUGUUUCUUCAUUUGUAUUUUAUGAUUUUAAAACGGUGUCGCUGAACAAAAAGCACUGCAUUGCAUCAACCCCCAAAAAGUAGCAUAAAAGUAAGUCACUUUCUUAAUACACAGACAUAAUAGCAGGCUGCCUGAUUCUGACAAUGUUACUUAUGACUUAUCGUGUUAUAAUAAUAGUGAGUAACCUUUAAUAACUUUAAUUAUGACUAACUAGUGAAUUCGGUUUACCAUACGUGAUUAUCUUAUUGCAGAGACAAAGAUUAAUUGUCAAUUUAUGAAUUGCUUAUCCUUAAUGUAUGUUCAUUCAGUAAAAAUUCAUUUGAUCACUCUCUGUUCUAAUCUUUGCACUUAUUCUAAUCUCUACCCUUAUUUGGACCAGUUUGUAAUGGUCCAAAGCCAGGUGACUGAGAUGUAAGGGCACUAAAUAUAAUUAUUUGUAAGUAUUUCAGAAGUCUGGCCCUGUCUUGAGUACAAACAGUAGAAUACGUAUAUAGAAGAGGGAGGGAUUACAGCAGGCAACUGCUUGGAGAGGUUAUAGAUUGUUGCCCCCUCCCCCCAAAAAUACCAUGUUGCCAGCACUUGGCAUAUUUAUCAACAGUCACACAAUUAAAUAGGAAGAAAAUGUCUCUCACAUCAGUGUGAAAUGUGGAAUAUUUUGUCUAAUGUCAAGGUUUGUCAUAAAGCUAGUCAGUACAAUGUUGAAAAUUGAAGUGUAAGUAUAUGUUGUGCCAUGUACACUGGAUCUAGGAAGUGGGGCACAGUGAGGACUCCCAGAAUGCUGUGCUGUGCUAAUUAAGUUCAGUGUUUUAUGUUUUGUUUUGAAUAGAUGAUUUGUGUCAGUAUGGCUGCGUUUGUUUUGGUAAGUGUCAUCUUUCCCUUUUUGUUAAAAACGAGAGUGUGUAGUUGUUGUGACUGAUGUGUGUGUUCUUCAGUUAUCCUCCCCCAGUUUUCUCCAUCAGUCCUGUUCUGAUUAUUUCCUUCUUUUGUCUUUCCAAUGACUGCUUUGCAAUAAACAGCUGUUCCUUGA